UUCGACCCAAGUUAUGCCAGUGUAUAUUUCAUUUUCGUAUCAAAAGGUCCUUUAAAAUUAAUUAUAAUGAAGACAUUUUUAUUUGCUUUUCUAACAUUCUUAUUAACGGGAGCUAACGGUGCUGUGGCGCCAUUUAUAAAGCCAUGCACGCUUACUGAUAGUAAAUGCCUAACAUCCAGUGCUACGGCAGCGGUACCUUUUAUUGCACCGGGCGUACCAGCCCUUGGCAUCCCUUCUAGUGACCCAUUGCACAUAAAGAAAACGAAUUCCGACCAGGGUGACAUGAAACUUACCUUCAACGAUCUAAAUAUAUAUGGAUUGAGUCAGUGUGUGUUCAAGACUGUAGAAAUUGAUGAUGCGAAAUCAAAUUUACAUAUAGACUUAGAAUGUCCUCUUUAUGCUAACGGUACCUAUAAAUUGGGCGGGAAGAUCCUCAUUAUCCCCGCCGAAGGAGAAGGAAACUUUGAAAUAAAAACAGAUAAAGUUGGGUUUACUAUCGAUGUUAAAUAUAAAACAAUCACAGAUGACAAAGGAGACAAGCAUUGGAAGAUCACAGGCUACGAUUACAAAUAUGAUCUAAUCAACAAAGUGUAUUUUAUGCUUCAUAAUCUAUUCGGUGGUGAUGCUACCAGAGCCAAGCCUGUUCUGGAUCUGAUCGAUCACAGCUGGAAAGAGUUAAUAACAGAAUUAGGAGCACCUAUCAUCAAAGACAUUGUUAAAGACGCUGUUGGCCGUGUGAAGAAAUUCUUCUUGGCAGUACCUCUUUCGGAGCUCGCGCAAUUAUGAUUUUAUAAAGAACUAGCGUUCGCACCUAGAGCAUUAACGGAUAAAUAAUAAAACACUAAUAACAUCCAACUGCACUUGAAAGUUAGACAAAAUUAUACGUUAUUAAUAAAUUUAUGUAAUCAAAAUAAUUAAUUCAGAUUUACUACAA